CCGGUAUACACAUUUUGAGCGCAUCAGCUUGGAUUUGCACACGCUUGUUUGCAACAGUCAGAAAUGACUGUGGGGAUCGACCAACUUUAGCGCUUGCGGGCCACCCCGCACAACCCCGGUUGCACUCUUGGCCUCAGGAAUGGCUAGGACUUCCUGGAUUGGAGCGGUUUUGGCCGUCUUGCUGGCGGAAGCUGGCUGGAGCCUGGUGUCCGCUGGGCCGGACCACUCCCCCACACCUAGCUGCUCGGACCUGUAUCGGAGUCUGAGCCCGGAGGAGCGGCACGCGGCCCGUGAUUCUGCUCAGGCAGUACAAGCAUUAGAGUCCUACAUCGGCCAGGCCAGGCUGGGUCGGCCGCUGCCGGCCAACAGCAACGCCACCGCGCCGCCCACGGCCCCGGCGCUGGAGGGCUGGCUGGCCGGGAACUACUCCCGCCUGCAGCAGCUGCUGGAUGGCUCGGGCGCGUCACAGCGGCUGGGAGGAAGCGGCACGGCUAUGACUGCGGCCAAGGCCUGCCUGUCCGCGCGGCUGCACCCGGACGGCUUCGCGGGCCGCCCCGUGAUGUCCAUCCUACUCAACUACUUCAAGCGGCCACAGAUUGUGAAUAGGAUAUCGGCGGCGAUGCGCAAAGCCUGCGACGCGGUCAACGUGACGUGCGAGAUGGUGGUCAAUGUGGAUAACCCAGAAGAGGCCGGGCUGUGGGCGGACCAGGCUGGCUUCGUGGUGCCUGUGUUCUCGGCAAACCUACAUGAGUCACGUGGAUACAACCGGGCCGCCAAGCUGGCGCGAGGGCGCUACCUGAUCAUCUGGCAGGAUGACCAGCUGCCCAACGAGCAGGGCACCUGGCUGCUGGACAUGAUCAAGGUGUUUGACGCCUACCCGCAGCUGGGCAUCCUGGGCAUGAACACCUACCGCCUGUGCAAGCACACGGAGAUGACGAACCGAUACGGCUGGACGUUUUGGGACCCCGACCCAAAGACCGGCGUCAAGUGGUCCUUCGCACAGCACGUGGACUUCGCGCCCAUGGCCAUCCGCGCCUCCAUCUACCACGAGCUGGGCGGCUUGGAUGAGGGGAUAUCCCGGCCGGGCGACUGCGGCAUCUGGGGCGACUGGGAGCUCACCAACCGCGCCUGGAUGGACGGAUGGCAGGUUGGCUUCAUGUUCUCAGACGGCCGCGGCGGUGACGGUCUCCCCGGCGGCACGCACUUAGGCUCGAGCGCGGAGAAGUGCUGGGGGCGGCAGCAGCACGUGGCGAUGCACGUCUUCCACCGCAGGUACGGCGUGGAGUGGGUCCACGACCCGAUGUGCGGGCGCGUGUGGCUGCUCAACAUGCUGCACCACAAGCUGGGCUACGGCACCUGCCCCUACGGCACCAAGGAGACCCGCUUCGGCAACUGCACGGUGCCGAUGGCCGCAGACAUGGAGCGAGCGCGGCAGGAGAUGGCGCAGCUGGAGGCGGCGGCGCGCGUGCGCGGCUCCGGCACGUACUCGGCCCACGUGCCGCUGGAGCAGGUGGCGGGGCUGCAGCUGGGCGCGGCGCGGAAGGCGAUUGCGGUGGCGGGGGACAAGGGCGCCGGCCGUGCCGGGAACGCUGGCGGGGCCGGGGGGGCGGGGUCAGGUGUGGGUGUCGCGGGUGCGGGUGGCGCGGGUGGCGCGGCUGGGGUGGGUGGCGGGGUGGCGGGUGGCGGAGGUAUAGGCGGGGCGCAAAGCGCUGGAGGUGCAGGGCCGGGGCCGGGGGCGGGGGCGGGGGCGGGGGCGGGGGCGUCUGGGGGAGUCCUGCCCGGCGAUGUCAGCAUGGACAUCGCCCCGCGCAUUGUGCGUGACGCUCAGCAGCAAGCGGGUGCAGUGGCUGGGCACAGGAUGCGGCUGCGGACACGGCGGAGAGAGAGGCAGAGCUGAGGUGCUGGCAACAGAGGGUGUGUCCGUGUGACAGGGUGGGGGAAUGGGAAUGUGAUACGGUGUUGAUGAGUGCGCUUACCUGUCAUGUAUGCGACACUGCGACGGCUUUGACAUGAUAAACUGGAGUUUACGGAUCGUAAGGAUUGUGGCAUCAAGUAGUGAUAAUCUGAAACUGUUCACACGGGGCCGAAAUCGAUGGCGCAUGCCAGGUGGGGUUGACACGGGCCUGUAUGGGGACUGGGGAGCCAUUUCCGGGCUUCAAUUGGUGGCUUGAGGCUUCGAGGCAUCGUCCGUGGUUGAAUACUGCGUAAAUAAUACCAGCUCAGACCA